CAAGUGUACCGCUCUCCAGGGUAACUGAAGGUUUCACUCUCACGAAGGCUCUUUCACCUGUCUCUUAUUCGAUUCUUCCGUCUCGACGUUGGCACGGCUGCGAUCGACGCUGAGCAUACUGUCAAUUCAUUUCGCGCGUUAAGAUCGUAUCAAAUUGCACGCUCGAGGGUGGUUUCUACCUCCCGCGACAGCGAGACACCUGUGCGAUCUCGUCGCGUCUCCGCGUGUUGAUCGUCGCGGUCGGUGCUCCGGAGUGACGAUCUGUCAAUCGGUUAUCAGUGCUGAAUGAUAAUCGCAAUUAUUACCGGCUUUUUUCGCAUAAAACCAAACAGCAGCAUUCGAGGAUCAGUUUCAACAGGAAGAACAAGCAUGUCAUCUGGCACGACAACGCGAUAAGGUGAAGAAGUAUCUGGAUUCUGCAUGCGAGUGCCCAGAGCGGAAGUGUUCGGGCUCCUCGGUGGGGUGCUGACCUCCGACAACAUCAUCAGGAAGGACUUUUCUUGCCCUACGACGACGCACGCAGGGCAACUGCAUUCGCCGAACGGCGACAGCGACAACAGCAACGGUAGCCAGCGUGCGGUGGCUGUUACUCGCAACGAGGUAGAGCAGCAGCAGCAGCAGCAGCCGCAUCGCCAACGGCAGCCGCAACGUCAGGCGACCGCUACCGUUCCGGUUCUCGCCUGCACUAAUCAAUCGUCUAUAACUACACCCACGACCGCCUUCACGGUGGCAUCAAGCAUGCUUCUUUUGCAAACACAACAGAGCUCCUUCGGAAGCAGUUUCGUGGAAUUGCUAAGUGGUCCUUAUUCAGACCCUGCGGAUGCCGGGAGCUUGCCCGAGGAGCUGGAUCCCUUUCCAGAGUUGCAGCUUGGAAAUCCGCAAGGUGUAUCUUCGGUCGAUGAGUCUGCUCAGUCUCACCAAAGUAUACACCAUCAACAGUCAUCGCAAUCACCACCACCACCGCCCCCUCUCCCCGAGGACAUUCAGACCGAUUCUCUUAGUCCUACACCCUUGCCGAGCUUCCAGGAGACCUACACAGUGCAGCGAUAUAGACAGGAACUCCAGGGCCUUGGUAUCAAGAUGGAUGAUGAAUGUUACGAUACUCCAGUAUAUCCUUGCACCACCACUCACUAUCCAACCGAAUUUCCGGCUACAGUAUCCUAUCAUGAGCACCAACAACAACCGCAACAGCAUCCUCAUCAUCAUCCGCCGCAUCAUCAACAACAACAGGCUCCGCAUCAUCAUCAAAGUUACUUUCCUACGGAAUCGGCGCCCACUCCGACAACGGCAGUCGUUCCGCCCUCGAAUCAUCGACAGGAUCCAUCCUAUAAUGUGGCUGUCACCGUGCCUAUGGUUUAUGGGGCACCGUCAGCCAUCGUCGCCACUCCCGUAGCUCCUACUGAUCUCUGUCCUAAUGUCGAUACUAACGUUGUGAUGGGCACCACUAGGUCACGAAGGGCGUCGCUGCCUACUCAGAGAUCAGAGUCGGCAAGUAGUGGGAGCAUAGAGUCCCCGAAGCCGCGCGGCAGCGGUGGCACCACGAGCUCCACCGUCAGUUCGCCGUCGCCCGGAAGCGGUACCAGUGGAGAACGCGCACCCUCGAGCCCGAGUCAGCUCUGCGCUGUAUGCGGCGAUACCGCGGCCUGUCAACAUUAUGGCGUGCGCACUUGCGAAGGUUGCAAGGGCUUCUUCAAAAGGACCGUGCAAAAAGGCUCCAAGUACGUGUGCUUGGCCGAGAAAGCUUGCCCGGUGGACAAGCGUCGACGAAAUCGCUGCCAGUUCUGCCGGUUUCAGAAGUGCCUGAUGGUCGGCAUGGUCAAGGAGGUUGUUAGAACAGAUUCUUUGAAAGGUCGUCGAGGCAGAUUGCCUUCAAAGCCCAAGUCACCGCAGGAAUCUCCACCGAGUCCGCCAGUUUCCUUGAUUACAGCUCUGGUUCGUGCCCAUUUGGAUACAACGCCGGACAAGGCGAGUCUCGAUUACUCGCAAUACCGACAACCGAGACCGGGCGACCCCCCGAUGACCGAAGCCGAGAAGAUUCAACAAUUCUACAAUCUGUUGACUACCUCAAUCGACGUCAUCCGAAACUUUGCCGACAAAAUCCCCGGAUUCACGGAUCUAGUACGGGAAGAUCAGGAAUUGCUCUUCCAAUCAGCCAGCUUGGAAUUGUUCGUGCUCAGGUUGGCGUACCGCACGAAUCCGGACGAUACUAAGCUGGUGUUCUGCAACGGCGUCGUCCUGGCGCUGGAACAGUGUCAGCGUAGUUUUGGCGAUUGGCUGCACAGCAUUCUCGACUUCUGCAAAGCCCUUCACUUCUUAGAGGUCGACAUUAGCGCCUUCGCCUGCCUGUGCGCUCUCACCCUCAUUACUGAGAGAUAUGGAUUAAAGGAGCCACAGCGCAUGGAACAGUUACAGAUGAAGAUUGUCUCGUCUUUACGUGAUCACGUGACUUACAACGCCGAGGCGCAGAGGAAGUCGCAGUACCUGUCUUAUUUACUAGGCAAACUACCGGAGCUGAGGAGUCUCUCGGUCCAGGGCCUCCAGCGAAUCUUCUACCUGAAACUGGAGGAUCUGGUGCCGGCGCCUCCUCUGAUCGAGACGAUGUUUGUCGGUAGUCUGCCCUUUUAAACUGAGCUGGGCAUAGUCUAUGGCUCGCCAGCACAUAGAACAAUUACUUUCUCAGACCCAUGCGGUUGCGUUAUCUUCGUUCUAAUUGCAUCCUUCUUAGUUCGUAUUUACUACACGUAGCUUUAUUCUCUUCUUGCGUGUAAUUUCUCGCGAGUACAUUGCAGUCCUCGACGAAGCCUUGACAUCUUGUUGUAUUUCAUGAAGAGACUCGUGAAGGGCUCGUCGGGCAGGAAGAGCAAAGAGAGACCAAUUACUGGUCGUACGAGCGAGCGCGAAAAUUAUCCGCGCGGAUUCAACGUGCGUGAAUGAUAAUCUUAAGGAAAAGUUCUACGCGUGUAUGUGCGAGUGAAUGUGUACAUGCGUGAAUAAGCAAUUGUGUGUAUCAUGUGCAAAUGCGAAUGUACAGAAUACAGGACGCAGGUCUCUGCAUGCGCGACGAGUGGCGGGCCUCGAAGACGUCGCCGUUACUACUAGUAGUAGUAAGCUACUAUUGCUAUUGCCGACGAGUAAGUUUAGCGCAAGCGGAAAGCGGGCGUGAGGCGAGUUGCGAGGUGGUUUCGCUAUUAUCCCUCUUCUAGCUAUAGCAGAUUUCGCGCGGACUCGAAUGCGGAUGGAAAGAGGGAUUCCUCUCUCUCUCUCUCUGAGACGGGAAGAUUUCCCGCGCGAAGAACGCAAAUUUUUCUCACUUUUCUAUCUAGUUUGUACGAGACUCUCCUUGCCCCGCCUCGUCUCGUUCCCGUGGCUAAUAUGCGCGCCACCCGUCACUUCUCCAACAUCUCGGUAAUAUUUUCGGCAAUACCUUGCCCGUCGCUGGAAAACGCAUCGGCGAUUCGCAACAUAUCAGAGCAAUGGCGAGGAGAGUGAAUAACGCUCUCCCGUCUUGACAGUAGACGUAGGACAUGACUGUCGGUUACGCCCUCAACGGCCGGACGAUGUCGAGUGCAGAUGCAUUGAGACAAAUUGAUUCAAAAUACGUGUAAAGAAUUGAUGCAAUUCUACGUCGAAUUAAAUAUAUAUAUAUAUAUAUUUUUUUAUUAUUUCUUUUCUGUUUGUUUAUAUCAUGUAGUCAUAUCUGUCCUAAUAAUAUGCGCUUUGAAUUCUCCAGUCAAAUUGAUGGAUGAAGCGCGAGAGAAGAAUAUCGAAUAAAAAAUUAAAUAAUGGAAACUGGAAUGUAAGAAUAAACAGUGAGAUUCAUGUAUUUAACAGCGGAUUGCAAUAUAUGUCUCUUGGAUAUCUAAGAUAAUGGAAAAUAAACUUAGAAGCAACGUACUAUUAUUUUAUGAGUUUAAGGAAAAUCGUAGAGGGAAGUUGUAAACUAUUUUACUAAAUAGAUUUUCAAUUGUAGUAUUUUUAUAGAUACUUUUUACAUGUUUUAUAUACAAUUUUUUUUAAGAGGAGAUUAUUACACGAAAAUUCGUCAAUAUUUACUAGGUAUUUUUACAAGCAUUUGACAAUUAGAUCUAUCCUGGUAAUUUAAAAUUCCAUAACUUUGCUAUAUUUCUUGAUUCGUAAACUUUUUUUUCUCCUAAUGCACUCACAAUCAAACACUCGGCAUCGUCAGUGCCAUUGGGGCGUUGUCUAAGGCGCGUGAUCGAUAUCGAUCGGUUCUUUACCACUACUCUUGCGUUUAUGUGAUUUUAGAGAGCUAAGGCGAACAACCACGGGCCCACCUCGUUCCUUUAACAUAGAGACAGAGAGAAAAAAAAAGAAAGAAAUGAGAAAAAGAGAGUGGUGAGACUAAGAGAGGAAAAAAUGCAGUACGACGGCGGGCCCGGCUUAAAGUUACCUAUUACGUUAUGACAUUUACUUUUAAUCAAACUAACGUAGAGUGUCCUAUUUAUAUACAUAUAACGCGCCGCUACUACUACUUAACUACUACUUUACUAUACCGUUAUACUUAUUAUUACUCAUUAAUAGCGUUAUUACUCUAUGACGUUACUACCACUACUACCACUGUUACCAGCGUUACCUUUACUACCACUUUGUGUUACCAUUGUCUCGCUAUAGUAAGCUUCACCAUCGCCCUCGUCGUCGUCGUCGUCGUCUUAAAACGUCCUUCAACGCACCAGUGCCCUUCGAUUGACACGACAGACGAAAGAGAAUGCUAAACAGGCAUCCUCGCCUCCAGGAUUACCGCAGUCGGCACGCAUCUCUAUUUUUGAUGUAUCUUUGUAUUUUAUCCACAUUCAAGUACACAGUAAGAUAAAGUAAGAUUGCAGAUCAGGAAUAACUUUGCACGUAGCGAAAAAAGAUUUGAUUAUUAUUUUUACUAUUGAGAUAAAUAUGAAAAUUUUAAUAUAAGAAUCUUAAAUAUAUAUAUAUAUAUAUAUCACAAAAAAUUCCCCUUUUUUAAGAUACGUUAUUUUAUUUAAAAAAUUAUAUUAUAGAAAUUAAUAAUUUUUUUCUUUCUCUUUCUUUUUCUCUUUCUUUGCUCUCUCUCUCUCUCUCUCUCUCUCUCUCUCUCUCUCUCUUUGUCUUUUGCUUUUUGUCGUUUUAAUGUUUAUAAUCCUAAUUUUAUUUUAUUUAAACAGAUAUAUUGAGAUUUUUCUUUUAGUUUUCGAGAUAAUAUUUACAAAAGUAAUACGGUUCAGAUUAAAUUUUUAUAAUUACUGCAAUUAAUUAUCUUCAUAUAUUUUAUUAUAUGAUUCUGAAAUCUAUUUUUGUUCAGGCGCAGUUACUCCGACUAAUGUAAUCUUACGAUAACCACAACGCAUCGCAAGCGAUCCGAGCUACGUAAACACGACAAAUCAGACAUUGUUUUCACACCGUGAUCCAUACAAACACAUACAAGCAAACAUAAACACAUACAAAAACAAAGACACAUUUACACAGAAACCACAUUAAUUACCUGUACGUGCACAUUAGAUAUGAUAAUUACGUGUGUAUAUGUAAAUCUAAAAUCGUAUGUAUCCGCAAAUGCUCGACGUCUCGCAGGCAAAAUCGAUAUCUCGAUUUGGUCUUUUUAUUAAUUCUCUAUGAUUGUAAAUCCUUGAAUUAACGUCUUCUAUAUUUUGUUUAGCAAACGGAAUAAGUCAAAUAUCCGCCUAUAUUUGCGUCGCUAGAAAUGGAAAUCAGCUUCAUUUUAUCUUUAUUCAUAACUGUUCCGAUUUGCCCCUAAAUUUUUGCAAUAUUUCGGAAACAUUUGUCAAUACUAAUUAAAAAUCUCUAUUGCAAUCGCGCGCGAAAAGAGCUUAGGUUCAUUUUAUAUAAAGAUGAAUUUAAUGCUAUACUGACCAACACCACAUUAAAUAUUAGCGAUAUAAUGUCUUAAUGAAAAAUUAAUCAAUUCUGUUAAUACUUCUAUUACCCUUUCUACAAAGAAAUCUAUCAAUUCGGUUUCUAGCGCGCAAAAUUUGGUUUUGUUGUAAAAAUAUUAGACCACCAAUGAACAACAUGAUUAGUAAAAAAAUUGUCACCGAGAACAUUUCUUUGUGUACCAAAUGACUUGUUAAUAGUACGUCCACGUUUGCGGAUAAAUACGUGUGCAAGUGUUCAAAAGACAAAAUGCCCGGUAAGAAUGCAAGGUAAACAGGAUCCGAGGGUGCAACCCGGCUCGAGCAACCCUUGCGAUCGAAAUUAGGAUAACAUGAGCCAGAGAGUCGAUAUCGUUUCCUUAUUCGAGGAUCAUACGAAUGGAUACAAAUUUCGGAAGCGUUUGAAGGAAACUGAUUCGCCCUGCAAAAUUGAUAGCAAUAAGAUAGGAAAAUUCUUGUUUAAAAUAUGCCAAAUGCCAUUGCUGCCAAUGUCCUGUCAGAAUAUUUUGUAACGUGAGAAAUAAGAUCGUUAUGAAUUGAAAAAUUUUAGAAAUAUAAAAAUCUCGCCUUUAGAAUUUCUAAAAACAAACAUUUUUUGGCAAAAAGUCCUUUAACAUAGUUAUGAGAAAUUAUAACAAAUAUUUCUAAGCAUAUAGGAACAAUAUUAUUAGUCGUUGAGCUUGAAAUAUUUACAAAAUGUCUUUUCGGUAAAUAUAAAUGUUUUCAUCCGUCCAUUACGAAAAUAAGUAUUUAAUAAUGGACUAGAUGUGCAUAGCCAGAAAAAAAUAUUCCAGGAUAUAAAAAUGACUAAAAAAUAAAUAAUUUGAUGUUAAUGAUAAAAUAAUAAAAUAGACAUUGGCAUCGAUUUACACGGCAAUAUAAUAAAAAAACAAAAAUUUUCAUGUGUAAGAAAUGUUUCGUGCAAUUGCGAAUCUUCGAGGACAAGCGCUUUGCCUUACUUUCUCCUCAUAUCAGUCCUCAUAUUUUGAUGAGAUCCUCGAAUAUAGGGAUUGACUUUUUGUCCGCGCGAAUAAAGUGUCAAGUCCAGAAAAGAUUUCGGGAGAGAAAUUAUCAGUCGCGAAGAGAUCAGGAUUUCGCAAAAGACUCGACUAGAACGCGAAAGAAACGCAAAUAGAGUUCCAGUUUCUGUAAAGCAGAAAAGAGAGAUUCGAAACGACGUAUAUAUUUUUUUGUUCCUAUAUGUAUCUUUUUUUAAUGAGAGUCUACGCGAAGAUGAAAGCGCAAUACUGAUGCCUUCCGCUUCUGAAAAUCAUGAAAAAUCAUCCCUGGACCCAGCACUGCGGCGAAUUAUUUUUUAAGAGAAAUUGUCAUAAGGAGAACAGGCGAGAGAGAAGGAAAUGCGAAAGGAAGGUGAAAAAGAGAAGGACAAAAUCGGAUCGUUUGGAUGUGAACAAUAAAGUCGUCCUCACAACCAAACGAACGAAAUCGUCCCAACGUUUGUUGUCUAAAUCGAUUAUCUGUCAUUACUGUAACGAAAUAACAGUCAAUUUUCCGCUAGGUGUAAAUCUAUCCCCUUCUCCCCGUUUCAUCGAUGUAUGCAAUAAAUGUUCGAUUAACAAAUUA